AUGACGUUGUUGCAUCCUUUUUCACGUACCCAAAUUCUGCUUCCUCCACAUACUGGCUUGGAUGAUUGGAAAUCAGGAUAUGACUAUAAGAUCAUGGACUUAGCUGUGGUAUCUGCAAAUCCUUCACUAACAUCUGACUAUGUUCUGAUGAUUUCGUAUUCUCGGACUAGAAGUUGUUUGGCUUUUUGGCAACCUGGAGACCUCCGCUGGACCACAAUUCAUAUGAAAAGCGUUGUUGGAUUUACUGAUAUUCAUUACUUCAAUGGACAGUUUUAUGUGGUCCCUCACAUUGAUGGAGUUUGGUCUAUUGACGUUGCGGGGCCUAGCAAUCCUCGGCCAGUUGUAGAACACCGCUUGGUUGUUGAGAUAGACGAUGAUGCAUCUUGGACGCGUGGAAUAGAGUUAUGCCUAGUUGAAGUUUCAGAUGAAACCAGAGAAGAAGUAAAAGAGAUUAAUGGCUUGGAAGAUAGAGCAUUUUUUUGGGGUUGUAAUGGAUCAAUUUCCAUAGUCUCUUCUGAGUUUAUAGGAGUGAAGCCUAAUCACAUUUAUUUUACUGAUUGGAGAUUUCUCAAGUUUGAAGGAGGGGAUGGCAGAUAUAUUGGGGCUUACAAUGUGGAUGAGAAAGGCUUAAGUAAUGAGAUAUCAGACAGAAUUGGUACAUUUGUCAAAUUGAGGGGACCUCCUGCGGAAUUAUUAUCUAAGCUCAAGCAGGAAUGCAGUUUUUCGGAAAACAGUGAAUCUUUACUUGCAUUGGAUGAAUUAGAGAUUCUGUUUAAAGCUCUUGAGAAGUCCAAGUGUAUUGACAGAGUGGUUUUUGACUUGAGUCUUGCAAGAGGCCUUGAUUACUACACAGGAGUCAUAUUUGAAGCUGUCUUUAAAGGAGAGGCUCAGGUUGGUUCGAUUGCUGCUGGCGGACGUUAUGACAAUCUAAUAGGUAUGUUUGGCAGACGGCAGGUUCCAGCUGUUGGGAUUAGCCUGGGAAUAGAGAGAGUAUUUGCAAUCAUGGAACAGCAGAAAGACAAGAAUCAGGAUAUCCGAGCCACUGAAACUCAAGUUCUCGUUAGCAUUCUUGUUGAUGACAGUGCUUUAGCUGCUGAGCUGGUUAGUGAAUUGUGGAAUGCUAAAGUGAAAGCAGAAUUCAUGAUAGAUAAGAGAGUGAUGAAGCACAUUGGUCGGGCGAGUAAGUCGAAGAUCCCUUGGAUUGUACUUCUUGGUGAACGCGAACUUAGCAAAGGAGUUGUAACAUUGAAGGAUGUUGUUGCAGCUGUUGACUAUGAGGUCCCCAGAGAUAAGCUUGUGGACGAUCUAUACAGACGAUUAGGCAUGUUAAGUUCUUAGUAUUGGACAAAUUUUUCAUAUAAUAGAAAUCAAGUCUUGUCUUUCUGUGCACAGGUAGCAGUAAUGAAUUUCCUUUUGACCGCCAUCAGAGAACAUUUAUAUUAUGUAUAUUCCACUUUGGACAAGACUCUGGGAUCAAAAAUUAUGGUAUAACUAACGGAAUGUCAGGAUAAAAAAUCGAAUUUUUCCAUCUUCAAGACUGGAAGCCUCUAUAUCUCUACCACCCCUUCCUUCGAGUACGGGAAAAAACUCUCCUAGUAUUGAUUAAAUAAUUCAUCUUAUGAAAGGAAAAUUAAAGAAAAUUUUAGAUUUCAAAAAUGUACUUUAUAAUAUUUGAGUAUCAGAAAAAAGUUAA